AGCAGAACAGGCAGCGCCCAAGCGGCCGGAGCCAUGGACGGCAGUGGCCCCUUCAGCUGCCCCAUCUGCCUGGAGGCGCUCCGGGAGCCGGUGACGCUGCCCUGCGGCCACAACUUCUGCCUCGCCUGCCUGGGCGCGCUCUGGCCGAACCGCGGCGCGGGAGGCACCGGCGGGCCCGGAGGCGCGGCCCGCUGCCCGCUGUGCCAGGAGCCCUUCCCCGACGGCCUACAGCUCCGAAAGAACCACACGCUGUCCGAGCUGCUGCAGCUCCGCCAGGGCUCGGGCCCUGGGCCCGGGCCCGGACCGGGAUCGGGGUCCGCCCCGGGGCCGACCCCCGUCCCCAACCCGGAGCCUUCGGCGCCCAGCGCGCCGCCCAGCGCCCUGGAACCGUCGGCUCCCUGCGCGCCCGAGCCGUGGCCGGAGGGCGAAGAGCCGGUGCGCUGCGACGCGUGCCCCGAGGGCGCGGCCCUGCCCGCAGCGCUCUCCUGCCUCUCCUGCCUCGCCUCCUUCUGUCCUGCGCACCUGGGCCCGCAUGAGCGCAGCCCCGCGCUACGCGGGCACCGCCUCGUGCCGCCGCUGCGCCGGCUGGAGGAGAGCCUGUGCCCGCGCCACCUGCGGCCGCUGGAGCGCUACUGCCGCGCCGAGCGCGUGUGCCUGUGCGAGGCCUGCGCUGCCCAGGAACACUGCGGCCACGAGCUGGUGGCGCUGGAGCAGGAGCGCGCACUCCAGGAGGCCGAGCAGCCCAAAGUCCUGAGCGAGGUGGAGGACCGCAUGGACGAGCUGGGCGCGGGCAUCGCGCAGGCCCGACGCACAGUGGCCCUCAUCAAGAGCGCAGCCGUGGCAGAGCGGGAGAGGGUGAGCCGGCUGUUUGCCGAGGCCGCGGCCGCCCUGCAAGGCUUCCAGACCCAGGUGCUGGGCUUCAUCGAGGAGGGCGAGGCCAGCAUGCUGGGCCGCUCCCAGGGUGACCUGCGACGCCAGGAGGAGCAGCGCAGCCGCCUGAGCCGGGCCCGCCAGAACCUCAGCCAGGUGCCCGAAGCCGACUCGGUCAGCUUCCUGCAGGAGCUGCUGGCACUCAGGCUGGCCCUGGAGGAGGGGUGCGGCCCUGGCCCCGGCCCCCCCAGGGAGCUCAGCUUCACCAAGUCCUCCCAAGCUGUGCGCACAGUGAGAGACGUUCUGGCGGCGGCCUGUGCCAGCCAGUGGCAGCAGCUGCGGGGGCUGGGCAGCGAUGAAGAGGGGCUGCAGAAGCUGGGCUCGGAAGCCGAUGCUGAGUCCCAGGAGCCCGACAGCACCAACCUGCUGGAGAGCGAAGCUCCCAGGGACUACUUCCUCAAGUUCGCCUACAUCGUGGACUUGGACAGCGACACGGCAGACAAGUUCCUGCAGCUGUUCGGAACCAAAGGCGUCAAGAGGGUGCUGUGUCCCAUCAACUACCCGGAGUCUCCCACCCGCUUCACCCACUGCGAGCAGGUGCUGGGCGAGGGCGCCCUGGACCGGGGCACCUACUACUGGGAGGUGGAGAUCAUCGAGGGCUGGGUCAGCGUGGGGGUCAUGGCCGAAGGCUUCUCCCCGCAAGAGCCCUACGACCGCGGCAGGCUGGGCCGCAACGCCCACUCCUGCUGCCUGCAGUGGAAUGGACGCAGCUUCUCUGUGUGGUUCCACGGGCUGGAGGCGCCCCUGCCCCAUCCCUUCUCGCCCACCGUGGGCGUGUGCCUGGAGUAUGCUGACCGCGCCCUGGCCUUCUACGCCGUGCGGGACGGCAAGGUGAGCCUCCUGCGGAGGCUGAGGGCCUCUCGGCCUCGGCGGAGCGGCGCCCUGGCCUCGCCCGCCGACCCCUUCCAGAGCCGCUUGGACAGCCACUUUGCGGGGCUCUUCAGCCACAAGCUCAAGCCCGCCUUCUUCCUGGAGAGCGUGGACGCCCACCUGCAGAUCGGGCCCCUCAAGAAGUCCUGCAUUUCUGUGCUCAAGAGGAGGUGAUGCAGCCGCCUCAUUUCUAGAGGCCCCCGCCUUCUGUACACGUGGGAGGAGGUCCCCUGGACCCUGGGGCCCUGAGGCCUUGUUUCAGGUGGGCCACAUCCAGCCCCCGCGUUCCUCCUCCCCAGGUUUCUAGAACCGUGCCCUGCCGGGAGUAGAUGCUCAAUAAAAGUUUGCUGAAUGAGCAACAUCUUCCCAUCCCUCUCCCCAGCCACCGAGCACUCCCCGGUCUCCUCUCUCAAGACAGAGGGGAACAGAGGCCCUGGCCCCAGGAUUCCUGCCAGGAGGAGACGCUGAGACAGGGCGCUCAGCCUGGGGACACCCCCACUGCCCAGCCCCCACGGGUCCUGGCCCUGGGCUAUUUUCAACCUUGGUGCCGUGGCCCAGCCCUGGACCUGCCUUUUGCAGUUUGUGCCCAGGCCCGGACUGCUGGGCGUGAGCAAGGGAGCUUGAGACUGGGAGCUUUGUUCACACCCUGCCCCCUUCCCGGAGGGCCUGGGCUGAGACCACCCGGAACAUCUGUAACAAAGGGCCCAUGUCCUCCUGUGUGUGUCUGGAGGGGUCUGCCACCACACCCAGCAGCCCUGGCUCCCCCACCCCCACCCCGGGAGUGCAUCUGCCAGGGACACUCUGAGCCCACAGGGCGGGGGUGUUUCCAGGCCCACUCCCUCCUCCCCGCGGUCUCCGCAGCCCAGGUGCACCCCAGAGAGGGCCCCUCUGCCUCCUCCAAGGUCAGGCAGGACAAUGAGUGAGUUAUGAGG